CAUGGAGGGGAGCAGGACACGGGACAGCGGGACAGACACCGGGACAGCCAGACACCGGCACCGACCCGGGGCCCUUCGGAAGCCGUGGGGUGAAGGCCACGCGGGGGAUGAAGGACACACGUGGGGUGAAGGGCGCACCGGGGGUGAAGAAGGGCACACCUGGGGUGAUGGGCACACGGGGGGUGAGGGGCACACCGGGCGUGAGUGGCACACGAGGAGUGAGGGGCGCACCGUGACCGGCCCCAGAGGGGACACCGGACUGACCCCAGGGGCACACUGAGCCCCUGGGCUCCCCAGAGCCCGGAGGGGGCCAAGGCGGACCCGGGACAGGCCUCCCGAUGUCGGGACGGAUCUCGGGGUCUGGGCUCUCCCUCCCGCCCCACACGUGGUGGGAUUUCCCCGAGGGGCGAGGCUGGGGUGCUGAGCCCCCCCAUGUCCCCCCCCGUAACCCCUUCCUGCGGGGUGGAGCUGUGAGGCAGGAGGGGCCCUGUGGAGCAGCCGUGCUCGGUUCUGUGGGUUUUGGGGUUUUGGUCCCCCACCCCCCAGGCCUCUAUAAAAGGUGUGGGGCCGCAGGCAGGCACCCGCUGUCAGUGAUCUGCUGUGGGCUCGCCAUGGCUGCCACCUUCCUGCUGCUGCUGCUGCUGCUGGCAGCAGCAGAGGCCACGGUGCCCCUGCCCUGCCAGGGUGACCCAGCGUCCUGGUGCUGGGACACGGCCACGGCCACGCGCUGCGGCUGGGAGCAGCAGUGCCAGCACCUCCGCGACAGCCUGGCCCUGGGGAAUGCGUCUGACGGGGACAGGGACAGCAUGGGGCAGAGCAGGGGGAUUAAGUGCAGCCUGUGCACCAAGGUCCUGAAGAAGAUACAGUCGCUGGCAGGUGACGACCCCGACGAGUCGGCGGUGGCAGAAGCAAUGCGGAAGGGCUGCCGGGCGCUGGGCCGGGCUGUGGGCAAGGUGUGCAAGCGGUUGGUGAAGAAGUACCAGGACAAGAUCAGCGAGGCGCUGCAGAACGGGGACACGCCCCAGGACAUCUGCACUGCCAUGGGCAUCUGCCGCUCCUGAACACGGCACAGCCCCGAGUGCCCCCAAACCCCGAGGCCCCUCCAGCCCCUGAUGCCCCUGCAGCCCUGGCAUCCCCCUCCCCCUCAGUAAAGUCCCUCCUCUGGC